AUGGGUGAGCUCAAGCAACUCCAGACGCACGCCUAUGUCGUGGAUAAGCUCGGCGCUCCCUUUGUAUUAAGGGACGUUGUCCUGGACGAGGUCCGCGACGAUGAAGUUCUUAUCGAAAUGAAGUACACGGGUCUCUGCCACACGGAUAUAGUUGUGCAGCAGGGCGGUAUGCCUGUGGGUAGCUAUCCCGCUGUUCUCGGCCACGAGGGUGUCGGCAUCGUCAAGCAUGUCGGAGCAGCGGUGGAGAACAAGUCUCUAUCCCCUGGCGAUGCCGUUCUGCUCUCGGUUCACAACUGUUACGCGUGUCGACCGUGCUUCGAGGGUCGCAUCGGAGCUUGUGUCAAGGCGACCGAGACCAACUUUCUUACGCCGCGGUUAGGAAAGGACAACAAGUCACCCAUCAGCCUUCCGGAUGGCACUCCCGUACACGGCCAGUUUUUCGGCCAGUCGUCCCUCAGCAAGCUGGCUGUCGUCGCCCAGCGGUCUGUUGUCAAGAUUGACGUGCCGCGCCCGCAAGACCUCGCCGUCCUGGCCCCCCUGGCGUGCGGCUACAUGACGGGUGCAGGCACCGUCUUUAAUGUUCUUAAGCCGACAUCCGAGGACACAGUGGCAGUUCUAGGUGCCGGGGCCGUCGGCUUCGCGGCCAUAAUGGCGGCCAAGGAAAGCGGAGCAAAGGCUGUUAUUGCUUUGGAUAUUGUCGAGGCAAAGUUGCAGCUUGCACUCUCGGUGGGAGCGACGCACGCCAUCAACACGUCGUCGUCCAAGGAUCUCAACACUACUAUCCGGGCCAUCUUCCCAAGCGGCGUCGACAAGAUCAUCGACACUACGGGACUACCAUUCCUGCUCAACGCUGCAUUCAAGGCAUUAGCUCACGACGGCACACUGGCCCUCGUCGGCGUUCCGCCCCCGACAGCUGAUGUACAAUUCAAUGCGCUGGACCUACUAACAUCGUGUAAGCGCGUGAUCGGGGUCAUUGAGGGCUACGCCGACCCUCAAAAGGUCAUUCCUCAUCUAGUUCAACUGUACCAAGAGGGAAGGUUUCCCAUUGACAGAAUAUCCAAGACGUACCCCGCCGAAUGCCUCGACGAGGCCCUAGCGGACCUGAAAUCAGGACGGACCAUCAAGCCGAUCCUUUCGUGGUAG